AUGACGUCGAGUAACAACAGCUCUGGUGCUGUUACAAAUGCUCUAGAUGAGAGGAGGAUCUGGAUUGACGGAUGUUUUGAUUUUGCACAUCAUGGACACGCUGGUGCCAUGAGGCAGGCUAGACAGCAUGGUGAUGAAUUGUAUGUUGGUGUUCAUAAUGAUGAAGAUAUACUGUUGAACAAGGGUCCACCUGUGAUGAAUUUGAGUGAGAGAAUGGCUGCUGUUGAAGGAUGCAGAUGGUGUACCAAGGCUAUACCCAAUGCACCGUAUGUGACCGAUCCAAAGGUGAUGGAUAAAUUCAAGUGUAAGUAUGUUGUUCAUGGAGAUGAUAUUACUACAGAUAAAGAUGGGAAAGACUGCUAUGCAGAAGUGAAAGAAAUGGGCAGGUUCAUAGUUGUCAAAAGAACCCCAAACAUAUCAACAACCGAUUUGGUUGGUCGGAUGUUAUUGUUUACAAGAGAUCAUCACAUGCUAACAAUUGAUGAGACACAAUGGAACGAUUGGUUUACUGGCAACCAUUCCAGAUUGAACGACAAGAAAAAUAUCCUAACGCCUAAUAAUGUCGAACGGUACGAGCAGUACGCAACAGGGCCAGAUGCUAAGAGUUUGGGUGUUUCUGUUCAUGCCUUCACAAGAGAGGGCAAAUUACACGAAUUGGUUAAAGGGUUACCAAUUGAUGGAGCUAAUAAAAUCAUAUAUGUUGAUGGCGGGUUUGAUUUAUUCAAUCCUGGGCAUAUAUUGUUUCUCAAGGAAGUACGUCAAAUUGCAAAUGAAAGAAAAGCGAUUGUCUUGGUUGGAUUACACGAUGAUGAAACAGUCAAUCAGAUCAAAGGUGUCAACUACCCAAUAAUGAACUUAUUUGAGAGAUCUUUAUGUGUAUUGCAGAGCAAAUAUAUCGACGGUAUCGUAUUGGGAUCACCAUUUAAAGUCACUAGGGAAUAUUUACGGAACAUUGAGGAGACGACAAAGUCAAGCGUGAUCAAUAUAUUCCAUGGACCAAGGAGUAUCGAUGAUGAAAGUUACGACGAUGUGAAAGAACUAGUUGAAUUUGUCAAUGUUCAAAUGUACAAAGAUAUGAAUGUCGCAAGUAUUGUCAAUAGGGUCAUUGCCAAUAGAGAAGCAUUUGAGGAGAGACAAAGAAGGAAAGGUUGGAAGGCUGAGAAGGAGAAAGAAUUAGAGGAAAUUGAACGUAGUGGAUAA